AUGGGAGUCCAUAGAUUCACGACCACUGCUUGCCUAUCUGAAUGGUUUUGGUAUUAUUGGAACAAUAACAAUACAGAUGCCGUUGAACUCAUGAAAAAGAAUUACCCACCCAACUUUACAUAUGCUGAUUUUGGUUCUCAGUUCAAAGCUGAGUUUUAUGAUACCGACCUGCUUGCUGACAUUUUUAAGGACGCUGGAGCAAAAUAUGUAGUUCUGACCAGCAAGCAUCAUGAGGGCUACACAAAUUGGCCUUCCAAUUAUUCUUGGAACUGGAACUCGAUGGAUGUUUGUCCCAAAAAAGAUUUAGUUGAACUUGCUAAUUCCAUUAGAAAAAGAACUGACCUUAAAUUUGGAUUGUAUCAUUCUUUAUUUGAAUGGUACCACUCUUUAUAUUUAAACGACAAAGGCAACCAGUUCAAAACGAACUUAUUCACAAUGAGUAAAACCUUGCCUGAAUUAUACGAGAUAGUGAACACGUAUAAGCCGGACGUUGUUUGGUCGGAUGGAGAUCAAGAAGCUUCCUAUCAGUAUUGGAAUAGUACCGAAUUUCUUGCAUGGCUUUAUAAUAACAGUCCAGUCAAAGAUACCGUAGUUGUUAACGACAAAUGGGGAAAAGAUAUGAUGUGCAAGCAUGGGGGAUUUUACACAUGUAACGAUCGUUACAAUCCAGGAAUUCUGCAAAAGCAUAAAUGGGAAAAUUGCGUGACAUUGGAUCUUGAUUCAUGGGGCUACAGACGAGUUGCCCAGUUCAGCGACAUCAUUCCAAUAGAAAGUUCAAUUGCUGAGGUAGCAUCAACUAUUAGUUGUGGUGGAAAUAUAUUGAUCAACGCUGGAAUUCGAUCAGAUGGACGAAUCGAUCCCAUCUUUGAGGAGAGGUUGAGGCAACUGGGUACGUGGUUGAAAGUUAAUGAGGAGGCAGUUUAUUCGUCAGUCCCUUGGAAGUGUCAAAACGACACCAUCAGCAAGAACAUAUGGUACACCUCUAAACAAUCUGAUUCCGAAAAAGUGGUUUAUGUCUUUGUGUUGAACUGGCCAGCACAAAAUAUUUUGACGUUAGGAGCUCCACAGCCAUCUUCAGCCACCAAGAUGAGUCUUGGGUCCGUUCUGAACUGCAUAAGUGAUGAAGAAGUAAUCGUAGAAAAAACAUGUUCAUUCAUAUAA